UGGCUACUCGAGUGAAUACGAACAUGACCAGCAGUGAGACAGAAACCAUGGUAGCUAGACAGUUUUCCUCUCAAGACAGUAUUAUGAUUACCAGAUAAUAAUUGUGAAAGCACAUCUCCUAGCGGUUAAGAUGGAGAACAUCAAGGAGGGUGAAAGGAUAGAAUAUGGAUCUAGAAGUGCUUGCACCACAGACAUCGUUCGGAGGCUCUUAGACGGCGACAAGGCUGUCGCCUUCCAAAAAUGGGAGCAGCUUUGGCAUCUACUGGACACGGUACAGGCACAAAUAGAUGUUUCCAUAACACCGGUUACGGAGCCUCUACACCAUGUGUUAGCACGGUUGGUAGAGAAGACGAGACUGCUUUGCCAUGAGAAGCUUCAAGACAAGCAAGCGCAUCCUGGGAACCCAGAGCCGGUGAUGGAGUUCAUUCAACGACUGUCGCAGCUCAAGGAGAUCAAGGACAUGUAUAUAGGCCAGGAUUCACCGCAGAAUCCCCAGUUCCUGGCCUCGUACGAUCGAUGGACCCGGGAAAAAUUACAAGAGAGAUGGACGGAGAGAUAUGCAAGAUCCCAGGAGCGCGCUGCCCUCCGGGAACGAGAAAGGCAUGCGCAAACGGAGAAGAACCAUGGUGCGCUGCAGGCGAUACGUGAUGAAAAGAGGGGGCUUCAAAGACGGGUCUUCCAAGACUGCGUCACGGAACAGCUAUGUGAAAUCCAAGAGGUGCACGAACAAACAGUAGCAGCCGUCACUCACGAGCUCGACGAGACCAUCGUCCUCUAUACUCAUCAGCUAGGUAUUCUACUAGAAGAAGAUGUUACCCCGUCAGAUGCAGUUUCUGAUGUUAUCGAUACCCGCAUCAACAUCGCAGAAACUCUCGUAUCUGUGCUGGAGACUAUUCAAGUCGAGACCAACACCCUCGACGUUCUCCUCGAUUCCAUGGGCCAGCGUAUGAGGAAGAUGUUAAUGCGAAUUGACCGACUCAACGCAGGCGAUGUCCAGAGCGGACCGGACCGAGAAUGGGAGCAGCAGCGUCGUCUGGUGCAUCCCGAAGCUAUACGAUACAUCCUCAAGGCGGCUCAGGACGCUGAAGACAUCUGCUCAAAAGCCAAGGACGCUAACAAGGCUAUCACCGUGAUCGACGGCCAUCUGGCUCGAAUGUUGGGCCAUGCCAAGGAUCGAUGGCGGCCUCUGGAGAUGCAGACAUACUUGGCCUGGACUCUCUUGGAGAGCAGACAGACGGCGAGUGAUCGAACAGACCUGACUGACCCUAUCCUUUCUCUUUAAUCAUGGCAUCAUGCCACACAUGGGAGCGCAAUAGGGAAAU